UGUGUCUCCUUGUACAUGUAUUCACACAAAGGCCACCACCUUUCUCUCUUCGUCUUUCUUCUUCUGUCAUUGGAAUUUCAUUUCAAUUAGCAACAAAAAAAAAGCAAGAAAUGUCGAGCAGCGACGAAGUCGUUGAGGACAUGAAUGUCGAUGGGGAUUCAUCUGGGACGCUGAAGCUGAGGUUCAAGGAUCGAUCCGAGAAAGUGGCGAAAACGAAGGAGAUGUUGUCUAAACAAGCGGUUCAAACGAAGGAGAUGUUGUCGAAACAGGCUGUUAAGAUCGCUAAACAAGCUGAAGAACACGAACGGUUUAUUAACAAGGUGACACAUCUUUUGGGGGUUCUCGGGUUUGGAGGGUUUUGCUUUCUCUUGGGAGCAAGACCACAAGAUAUUCCUUAUGUAUAUUGUGUGUUCUAUGUCACCUUUGUUCCUCUUCGGUGGAUAUACUACCGCUUCAAGAAAUGGCAUUACUAUCUUCUGGAUUUCUGCUAUUAUGCCAACACCAUCUUCUUGGUUGACCUUCUUCUGUACCCAAGGAAUGAAAAGUUUUUCAUGGUUUGCUUCUCAUUUGCCGAGGGGCCACUAGCAUGGGCACUGAUUGUUUGGCGCUGUAGCUUGGUUUUUAGUUCUGUUGACAAAAUUAUUAGUGUCCUUAUACAUCUUUUACCUGGAAUAGUUUUUUUCACAAUUCGAUGGUGGAAUCCUGCAACCUUUGAAGCCAUGCAUCCUGAAGGAACCACUCACCGAGCUUCAUGGCCUUAUGUAGGAGACAAAUCUUACCUAUGGACUUGGCUGUUUGGUGUUCCUUUAGUAGCUUACACCCUCUGGCAAGUUCUUUAUUUCCUCAUUGUCAAUGUGCUACGUCGCCAGAGGUUGUUAAGAGACCCUGAAGUCAUGACUUCUUACAGGGAACUUUCUAAGAAGGCCCAGAAAGCAAACAACAUAUGGUGGCGCCUAAGUGGCUUGCUUGGGGAUCAAAACCGUAUGUUAAUGUACAUUUUACUUCAAGCCAUAUUUACUGUGGCAACCAUGGCACUCACGGUCCCUAUCUUCCUGUCAUACAAAUUCCAUGUGAUUUUCCAAAUACUCAAGGUUUCUGCCUCUGUAUGGAAUGGAGGAAGCUUUCUACUAGAAGUGAUGCCUAGACAGGUAAUUGUGAAGGAGAAAAAGAAGAUGCAGCCAGUAUUGAAAAGUCAACAAGAUCAACCCUCAGCUUCAAUGGAGAAUGCAAUGACAGAGAACGAGUACUCUGAGAUACACCAAUCCUAGUAGCUGUGCAUGAAUAGUUGUAUAAAAAGUCAUGGCAAAUUGCUCAUUCUUCCCAACAGUUGAUUGUAUGUGAGGACAGCAUGGAUAGUCUGUGUUUGUGUUACAGCCCAAGGACACAACAGUGAUUGGUUUUCCUAGACAGACAGUCCUAACAUGUAGUUUUUGAUUGAGAAUCUGUAAUAAUUUUAUCAACUAUCCUGAAACCGAAUUUUGUAGAAUUGAAUUCAAAAUUUAGUGGUUGUAAAUAUAGUAUUGAAGAGUUGAAGUGUCAA